AUGUCUCGUCAGUCUGUCUGCAGAAGCUUUGGAGGCGGGAGCAGAAGGGGCUAUAGCUCUUGCUCUGCCAUCGGUGGUGGCUUUGGAGGAGGUGGUGGCAGAAGCAGGAUCAGUUACAGCUCAUACUCUUCAUCCAGGGGAGGUGGAGGAGGUGGACAUUGUGGAGGAUUUAGCAGCAGAAGCCUCCACAACAUGGGUGGCAGCAGAAGAAUUACUGUGGGUGGAUGCUAUGGUGGUGGAGGAUAUGGAGGCCGAAUGGGUGGCUUUGGUGGAGGCUAUGGAGGAGGAAUGGGUGGUUUUGGCGGAGGAAUGAGUUCUGGAGGAAUGGGAGGCUUUGGUGGUGGUGGAGGAAUGGGUGGCUUUGGUGGAGGAAUGGGUGGUGGAGGAAUAGGAGGUGGAGGAAUAGGUGGCUUUGGUGGCCCUGGCUUUCCUGGAGGCAUCCAACCGGUGCAGGUUGACCCAUCCCUCCUGCGGCCAGUCCACGUUGAGAUUGACCCCCAAAUCCAGCAAGUGAAAAACCAGGAGAAGGAGCAGAUCAAGACUCUCAACAAUCAGUUUGCCUCAUUCAUUGAUAAGGUCCGUUUCCUGGAGCAACAGAACAAGGUCCUCUCCACCAAGUGGGAGCUCCUCCAGCAGCAAGGGCCUACAGGGCCAAGGAAGAAUCUGGAUGUCAUCUUUGAAAACUACAUCCAGAACCUAAAGAGGAAGCUGGAAGCUCUCCUGGGACAGAGGGGCCAGCUGGAGUCAGAGCUGCAGAACAUGCGGCAAUACGUCGAGGAGUACAAAACCAAGUAUGAAGAAGAAAUCAACCGUCGCACUGCUGCUGAAAACGAGUUUGUGGUGCUCAAGAAGGAUGUGGACAAUGCCUACAUGACUAAAGUAGAGUUGGAAGCCAAGGUGGGAGCUCUGACCGAUGAAAUCAACUUCCUGAGGCGCAUCUAUGACGAGGAACUGGCUCAGAUGCAGACAAUCAGUCGGGACCUGUCAGUGGUGGUGUCCAUGGACAACAACCGUCACCUGGAUCUGGACAGCAUCAUCGAGGAGGUCAGGCGUCAGUACGAGCAGAUCGCUCAGAACAGCCGCGCUGAAGCUGAGGCUUGGUACCAGAGCCGGUAUGAAGAGCUGCAGAGCACUGCUGGAAGGCAUGGGGACAACCUCCGCAACACCAAGAUAGAGAUCCAAGAGUUGACCCGGAACAUUCAGAGGCUGCGGGCUGAGAUUGAGAAUGUGAAGAAGCAGAACCAGCAGCUGCAGGCAGCUAUUGCUGAGGCUGAGGAGAGGGGUGAGAUGGCCCUCAAGGAUGCCAGGAGGAAACUGGAUGAGCUGGAAAUUGCCCUGAACAAAGACAAGGAGGAGCUGGCUCGCUUGCUGAAGGAGUACCAGGAGCUGCUGAACACCAAGAUUGCACUGGAUGUUGAGAUUGCCAUGUACAGGAAGCUGCUAGAGGGAGAGGAGAUCAGGCUGUGCAACGAUGGCAUGUCCAACGUCAAUGUCUCUGUGGUAGGCAGGACCACCAUCUCUGGAGGCAGAGGAGGCAUGGGAGGAGGCUUUGGAGGUGGUAGCGGCAUGGGAGGAGGAUUUGGAGGUGGCAGCGGCAUAGGAGGAGGCUUCGGAGGUGGCAGCGGCGUAGGUGGAGGAAUGGGAGGAGGUGUCUGUGGAGGAGGAAGCAGCUUUGGAGGUGGAAGCAUGGGUGGCAGCUGUGGAAUGGGAGGAGGAGUGUAUGGCGGUGGCUUCUCUUCUGGAAGUGGAAGGAUGUGCGGCUCUGGAGGUGGCAACUUCAGCUCUGGUGGGGGAGCGUCCUCCGUACGGAGAUGUGUCACGACCACCUCCAUCAAAUCUUCGGGAGUGAGAUUCUGA